CUGAAAUAUCUUGCAGAAAUGGGAAUGUGAUCAUAUCCUCAUCGUUGUACAACGGCCAAAUCCCUGAAAGAACAUCGAACAGAAGGUGAAUGAACUGCAGCUGUGUGUUGAAGAACGGCGCCAUCUGGAGGCGCUACGGCCGACUACACCCACAACACAGAUCAGAGAUCAUCUUCAUCACAUCUGAAACAGGUCUGGAGACAACUACACCAACAACACAGAUCAGAGAUAAGCUUCAUCACUAAAACAGGUCUGGAGGUCGGCUUCAUGUGUUCUGUAGCCUAUUUAAAAGGAGAUAUUCUGAAUGAUGAUGUUGUACUACUACCACAACCACUAGGAAAUAACCAACCAAUGGGCUCACGGGAGUCAGUGUCUAUCAAUAAAUGCAAUGUUCAUAAUUGGGCGGCGGUGAGUGUUCACAGACAGACAGCGGUACUCCCAGUACCACGUCCUGGGUCGACUGGGACACCAGUAUCACGUCCAGGAUCUACUGGGACACCAGUAGGCCUACUCAUUCCGCUCCAGUCCAGGAGAAGUGGGAAUGCUUCCCUUACCGGGAGUGCCCGGCGGGGGGCGCCACCUCCAGCCGGGGACCAGAGAGAGUCUUUAACUCGUUGGUUUAUUUCUGGAUUCUUCAGCAUCUCAACACCUCCUCUGGCCUCCUCCACCCCGCAGACCUCCUCCAGACCCGCGAUGAGCCGCAGACGGACUCAUAGCUCCGCGGACGGCCUGUCGCCUGACCUCCACGCCGCCUUCAUGGAGACCCAGCCCCCCCCGGCCCCCCCCGGGCCCACGGGCUCCGCGACCCGCAGCCACGGGGAUUUCCUUGAGUCGGACACCGACGAGGAGCUGCUGUGCUCGGUGAGCGACAUCACGGAGCACCUGGGGAGGAACGUCGCGCUGGUACUGGAGACGGCGCUCACCGAGAUCCGCAAGAUGGUGAGCGGGAGGAUCCGCGUCCUCAGGCUGGAGCUCCGGGAGAAGACGGACGAGAUCGAGGUCCUUAGGGCCAGGCUGGAGACCGUGCAGCGGGACGGCAGAGAACCUUUCCCGGGCGGCUUGUCGGUGGAGGCGUCGCUGCUCGGCUUCAGGAAGCACGGCGUCCCCGACCCGAGGAGGAUGAAGCCCGGGGUGAAGAAGGAGAACAUCAACGCUAUCUGUGAUUACCUGAUGAAGGACAAAAAUGCGAAAGGUAGCGAUCUGGAGGGCGACCACCAGAGCGACCCCCCAGCGGCCGACAGAGAGGCUCAGCCCGACCCCCUCGGCCUGUGGCCAGACAGCGGGAUGGCCGGCCCGGCGGCCGGGGACGGGGAAUCGGACUCGGCCGAGGACAUCUUCAACAUGUUGCCGUCGGGCAGCAAACGGAUCUACGACUACGAGUGGAUGGCGGGGAUGGAGUACACUGCUGACCUGAAGGGAAUGAGGGAACCCAAGUGCGAGCAGGGUCCCGAAGAGGAGACGGAGGAGGAGGUGGACCACUCUGCUAGUGAGGGGGACAGCGUGGAGCCGGCCCCGAGCCAGGCCCCCCUGGCCCUCCACCAGCCCCCCGAGUUCCACAUGGAGGCCCCUGAGUCCCCGCGGGACGGGCCCCGGGACCCUGGGCCGGGCAACGCAGACCGCCUGGAGACCGGGCCACAGUUCAGCAGCCACCACUACAUCUGCCCGCUGUGUGGGACCUUCUGCCCCGACUCCCUGUUCCUGGAGGAGCACCUCAAGCUGAUCCACUCGGACGUUCCGGGCGCCCAGGCCCUGCACGCCAUCCAGUCCACCUCCGCCUCGGCGCUGGGGGAGCCCAGCGGGGACCCCCGGAGGGCAGCCCCCCGGCCCGUUGAGGGGGUCCCGGGGCCGGCCGGCGAGGCGGGGCCGGACGGGGCGGGGCCGGACGGGGCUCGGGCCCGGGGGCCCGCCCGACGGGAGCUGAAGACGGAUGGCGGCUACGAGUGCAGCGACUGCGGCCGCCACUUCAACUACCUGGGCAACCUGCGGCAGCACCAGCGCAUCCACACGGGGGAGAAGCCCUUCAGCUGCCCCGAGUGCGGCGAGCGUUUCAGGCACGCGGCCCGGCUGAAGAGCCACCGGCUGGGCCACAGCGGAGCCCAGAGCCCCUUCCCCUGCCCUCAGUGCGGCAAGGGCUUCUCGGUGCUGUCGGGCCUGAAGCGGCACCAGCGCGUGCACACCGGGGAGAGCCCCUACGCCUGCCAGCAGUGCGGCCGGCGCUUCAAGGAGCUGGGGAACCUGUACACACACCAGAGGAUCCACAGCGGGGCUACUCCCUACUGCUGCCAGCACUGCGGACGCAGCUUCAGGCACCUGGGCACCUACAAGAGCCACCGCUGCACCCCCACCCAGUAGCUGGGGCCCCGAGGCACUGGGGCCAUCCCCCCCUGGCCUCAGCAGAGGGGCGCCCCCCCUGCCUGCUGAGCCCAGAGGGGGACAGCCCCCUCUAGCAGAUGGGGACCCCCCCUGGCCGCAGCAGAGGGGGACCCCCCCUGGCCGCAGCAGAGGGGGACCCCCCCUGGCCGCAGCAGAGGGGGACCCCCCCCCUGGUGCCUCAGUCGAGGGGCGCCCCCCCCUGGCCUCAGAAGGCAGAUGGGGACCCCCCCUGGCCGCAGCAGAGGGGGACCCCCUGGCCUCAGAAGGCAGAGGGGGACCCCCCCCCCUGGCCUCAGCAGAGGGGGACCCCCCCUGGCCUCAGAAGGCAGAGGGGGACCCCUGGGCCCCAGAGCCAGCAGUGGGGAACCCGGGGACCCCAGAUCCAGCAGCGGGGUCCAGAGCCUCAGAUGUGUGCUGCUUGGUGUUUCUUCCCCAUGGAGGUCAUGGUGGGCCUACAGACUCUGCCGGUCAUCCACCUCUCAUUCCUUUCACCAGUGGAACGGAUUAAGUUUCCCUGCACUUAUUUACCCACAAGACCCAUGGUUCAUUCACUGAAACAGUGGACCAUCACAACCUCAAGAGCUUCUCCAACACGUAGUUCCUGGGGGCUGGGAGGGCCCUACUGCCUCUAGUGGUGGCUCAACGUAACAACACGUAGUUCCUGGGGGCUGGGAGGGCCCUACUGCCUCUAGUGGUGGCUCAACGUAACAACACGUAGUUCCUGGGGGCUGGGAGGGCCCUACUGCCUCUAGUGGUGGCUCAACGUAACAACACGUAGUUCUCUGGGCUGGGAGGGCCCUACUGCCUCUAGUGGCUCAACGUGGUAUCUCGUAUCUCUGGUGAAGUUGUAUUUCAUCACAAUACUGCUUGGUGCUACGCAUACAGAGUCAUGUUGCCAUUGCAAUUAUUUUAAAAUGUUCAAAUGUAACCUAUAUUAUAAACCGUGUAUCAUUUUUUUAUAUGUUUGCUUAUAUGAACAAAAGUCAGAAUAACAGGAGUCUUUUGUGGUACUUUUUAUUUAAUCGAUUUUCCACAUUUAUUGUAGUCCAAGGAAGAUAACGAAAUCAUGCAUUUUCUUUUGCAAUUCUCCGUUGCUAGUUGGGUGAGGGACGCUGUGCUCCCAGUGCGACUCGUGGUAACUGAGCGUCUGCAUUCUAAUAAAGUGCUGUCUUUCUGCG